GCGGCCUGGAGAACAGUGGAAAAUAUGUACUCAGGGAUUCUUCAAUCUUGGCACCAAAUCUGACGGAGGAGGAACCAACCGAGUCAGAACUCAGAGCCCACUCGUGAGUUGCAAGUCUGUGAAAUGAGUGCCACUCUUUGGAAUUGGAUUCUUCAGUCUCUUUCAUAUUCACUCACCACUCGCCAUUUGUCAGAAGCUUAUUGCCUUGAUGGCAAGGACUGGAAUUUGCUCCGCUCACUCUACCACCGUCGCCUUCGUCUGGUUCACCUCUGCCGUCCUCUUCUUCUUCCUCUUCCAAAUGGCCCUCCACAACUCUGGUUCUGGUUCUGUUUCUUCAUCAGAGUUGAGGUCAAAAUUGUACGAUAAGAUGGAGAAGGAUUUGGAUGAGAAAGGGGCAGUUUUCCUCAAGGAUGGUGAAACAUCUCAGUCUCUAUCACUUUCUGAUCUCUUCACUAUUAAGGAUGGAUCUGUGACCCCUGUAUUAAAGGCAGCAAAUCCUCCUGUUCGUGCUAAUGUUUUGUAUCUAAGCACAGAGUACUCAGUUCCCAUAUCUGAGGCUGUAAAAUCUGUAUUCAAUCCUCAUUUUGAUAAAGCAAUUUGGUUUCAGAACUCUAGCAUGUACCAUUUUAGCAUGUUUCACGCAUCACAUCAUAUUACACCGGUUCCUGCUACUGAAGAUGAGAUUGAAGCUGAAGUAGCUGCUGUGAAGUCUGCAACAGAGCAUAUGUGCCGACUGAAAAUAGUUCUAGACAGGGUUAUUCUAACUUCAACAGGUGUUCUUCUAGGAUGUUGGCAGGUAAUAUCAGGGACAGAUCCUGUAACCAUCCGUGCUAAACUAAGGACGGCACUUCCACAUGCACCAGAGAAACAACUUUAUGAUGCUGCUAUUCUUCACACAUCAUUUGCUCGUCUUUUGGGUCACCCGAAACUUUCUGAAAUGCUGCAUGGAAGCUCUGAUGAACUCCAACUCUUUCACGAGCUGGUUGCUCGCUUGAAUAAACAAAUCCGUGGAUUUGAGGCAGUGGUGUCCGAGCUGUGGUAUGUGGAGGAAUACGAUGUUUUAGCUCUGGCUUUGAAUGGAAGAAUGAAGAUUCGCAAGUUCCAACUUGGGUGCUCCAGUUCUUGAGGCAAAGACUAUCCAUUGAAGCAAAAUACAUGAACAAACAACACUCAGUUUUAAAGAGUUAAUCUUGUAAACAAACCGUAGUCGUCAUAUACUGCUACUUCGGGCUAAAAGUAUGAGUAUAUUUUCCUCCAAAUUGUCUUCUCCACCUCCUCAGAAUGAUUCAGAGAUAUUUAUUGUAAAUGAAGUAUGAAGUAUGAACCACUCUUUUGUACAAUGACAUAUUUGCCGAAUUUUUAUAAGAGCACGAGCAAGACCUCCGUAA